AGAAGCGAUCAUAAAAUAUCUUUAUAAGAAGAAAAAAAACCCCUAAAAAUCUCUCAUAUUCGCCGCCGUCUCUGCCUCAUUUUCACCACCGGCGAUGACGUGUCGUUAGAUCCGGUCUUCACGGUUCUCAAACCUCUCUAUGGUUUUUUUUUUCUUUCAGAAAGUUAUAUAUCGUGAUUAUAGAAAUAGAAGUUUCUUUAUGUUCUUUAAAAAAAAAGUUUCUUUAUGUUAUUCGUGAGACGACAAUAAGAGAAAGAAACUGGAGAUGAAUAGACUUUAAGAGAUAUCUUACAAAACAAGAUCAUCAAAAUGGAUAGCAAACAGAUGUUGUUGUCGGCGCUCGGCGUCGGAGUUGGAGUCGGUGUGGGUUUGGGUUUGGCUUCGGGUCAAGCCGUUGGAAAAUGGGCCGGCGGGAACUCGUCGUCGUCUAAUAACGCCGUCACGGCGGAUAAGAUGGAGAAGGAGAUUCUCCGUCAAGUUGUUGACGGCAGAGAGAGUAAAAUUACUUUCGAUGAGUUUCCUUAUUAUCUCAGCGAACAAACACGCGUGCUUCUAACAAGUGCAGCUUAUGUCCAUUUGAAGCACUUUGAUGCUUCGAAAUAUGCGAGAAACUUGUCUCCAGCUAGCCGAGCCAUCCUCUUGUCCGGCCCUGCCGAGCUUUACCAACAAAUGCUAGCCAAAGCCCUAGCUCAUUUCUUUGACGCCAAGUUACUUCUUCUAGACGUCAACGAUUUUGCACUCAAGAUACAGAGCAAAUAUGGCAGCGGAAAUACAGAAUCAUCCUCAUUCAAGAGAUCUCCCUCAGAAUCUGCUUUAGAGCAACUAUCAGGACUGUUUAGUUCCUUCUCCAUACUUCCUCAGAGAGAAGAGCCUAAAGCCGCUGGUGGUACCUUGAGGAGACAAAGCAGUGGUGUGGAUAUCACAUCAAGUUCAAUGGAAGGCUCUAGUAACCCUCCAAAGCUUCGCCGAAACUCUUCAGCAGCAGCUAAUAUUAGCAACCUUGCAUCUUCAUCAAACCAAGGUUCAGCGCCUUUGAAGCGUAGUAGCAGCUGGUCAUUUGAUGAAAAGAUUCUUGUCCAAUCUUUAUAUAAGGUCUUGGCUUAUGUCUCCAAGGCGAAUCCAAUUGUGUUAUAUCUUCGAGACGUCGAGAACUUUCUGUUCCGCUCGCAGAGAACUUACAACUUGUUCCAAAAGAUUCUUCAGAAACUCAGUGGACCGGUCCUCAUUCUCGGUUCAAGAAUCGUAGACUUGUCGAGUGAAGACGCUGAUGAAAUUGAUGAGAAGCUCUCUUCUGUUUUCCCUUAUAACAUCGACAUAAGACCGCCUGAGGAUGAGACCCAUCUUGUGAGCUGGAAAUCGCAGCUUGAACGCGACAUGAACAUGAUCCAAACUCAGGACAAUAGGAACCAUAUCAUGGAAGUUUUGUCUGAGAAUGAUCUCAUAUGCGACGACCUUGAAUCAAUCUCUUUUGAGGACACGAAGGUUCUAAGCAAUUACAUUGAAGAGAUUGUUGUCUCUGCUCUUUCGUAUCAUCUGAUGAACAACAAAUAUCCUGAGUACAGAAACGGAAAGCUAGUGAUAUCUUCUACAAGUUUAUCUCAUGGAUUCAGCCUCUUCAGAGAAGGUAAAUCUGGCGGUCGUGAGAAGCUAAAGCAAAAAUCUAAGGAAGAACAAUCCAAGGAAGCAAAAUCUGAAUUAACGGCUGAUGUCAAGCCGGAGACUAAGCCAGGGAGUGUCACAACGGAACCUGAGAAAGAAGCUAAAGCUGAGAAAGUAACCCCAAAAGCUCCGGAGGGUGCACCGGAUAACGAGUUUGAGAAACGGAUAAGACCAGAAGUAAUCCCAGCAGAAGAAAUCAAUGUCACAUUUGAAGACAUUGGUGCACUUGACGACAUAAAAGAAUCACUACAAGAGCUUGUAAUGCUUCCUCUCCGUAGACCAGACCUCUUCACAGGAGGACUCUUAAAGCCCUGCAGAGGAAUCUUACUCUUCGGUCCACCGGGUACUGGUAAAACAAUGCUAGCUAAAGCCAUUGCCAGAGAGGCAGGAGCGAGUUUCAUAAACGUUUCAAUGUCUACAAUAACUUCGAAAUGGUUUGGAGAAGACGAGAAGAAUGUUAGGGCUUUGUUUACUCUAGCUUCGAAGGUGUCACCGACCAUUAUAUUUGUGGAUGAAGUUGAUAGUAUGUUGGGACAGAGAACAAGAGUUGGAGAACAUGAAGCUAUGAGAAAGAUUAAGAAUGAGUUUAUGAGUCAUUGGGAUGGGUUAAUGACUAAACCUGGUGAGCGUAUCUUAGUACUUGCUGCUACGAAUCGGCCUUUCGAUCUAGAUGAGGCAAUCAUCAGACGGUUUGAACGAAGGAUCAUGGUGGGACUACCGGCAGUAGAGAACAGAGAGAAGAUUCUAAGGACAUUGUUAGCGAAGGAGAAAGUAGAUGAAAACUUGGAUUACAAGGAACUAGCGAUGAUGACUGAUGGAUACACAGGAAGUGAUCUCAAGAAUCUGUGCACAACCGCUGCUUAUAGGCCUGUGAGAGAGCUUAUACAACAUGAGAGGGUCAAAGAUACUGAGAAGAAGAAGCAGAGAGAGACUUCGAAGGCGGGUGAAGAGGAUGAAGGGAAGGAGGAGAGAGUGAUUACACUUCGUGCUUUGAACAGACAAGACUUUAAAGAAGCCAAGAAUCAGGUGGCGGCUAGUUUUGCUGCGGAGGGAGCGGGGAUGGGAGAGUUGAAGCAGUGGAAUGAGUUGUAUGGAGAAGGUGGUUCGAGGAAGAAAGAACAACUCACUUACUUCUUGUAAUGAUGAUCAUCAAAAUGGGUUACUAGGAAAAUGAAAAGAACACACGUACGGUGAUGAAUUGUGAAAUUUGGUAAUGUAAUAUUAUGGUGAAUUUUUUCUUCUUCUUCCAUGGUUAAUAAUAACAAGAGAAUAAAAAUGAUGAUAUUGAAGUUUAAUUA